AUGAGUCUAGACUGUUUUGUGUACGGAGAGAUGUCGCAGUCGAUCAAGAAGCGAUCGAAGAAAAAGUCUAUCGUUCCAGGUCCGCUUCUUUGAACUUUUUUUUUUCUGUCGGUGAAGAAAUCUAUAAAGCUUCUUUCUUCGCGUUUCUCUCUCCAUUCUUAAGUGUAUUCGACAAAAGUUUAAUGUGGUUGUGAGUUGGCCAGACCGCAAUGGUUAAUUUGAAAUAUUCAAAGGGGACGCUUUGAUAAUUUUAGCGAGCUCUGAGUCAAAUUCGAUACUUCCAUUGGAAUUUAUGGUAUGAGUUUCGAAGGGAAUUCCUCUUUAUUCGCGGCUGUCUUGGGAUGAAAACAGCAAAAUGUCUGAAUCUGCGCAAUUCGCACGUCGUUUCUCUUUUCCUGUCAAGAAAUUUUUCUUAGAUACUUGAACUUUUGGCUCAAAAUUGCAUUGUGCAACUAUAAGAAAGAACGUUAUUUAUCUAAAAAAAAACAAAUGAUAAGAAAAUAGUUGGUUGUAUUCCAUAGUUUUUCGUUUCUUGCAAUGGUAUGAAUUUCUUUCAAACUUUUUCGGAAACGGUUCCUUUUGCUUAAAACGCAAGAAACUUUUUUCAGAUGUCCACACUCACAACAAAGAAAGGGUGUUCAAGGAACGAACCAACGCCUUCAACGAUCGAGCUCGUCGAGGCGCCAUGCGAAGGAAAAUCCACGAGGUGACCUCCCGGUUCUAGAGAGUUCUCAAUAUUCUUGGGUGCAGGUGACAGGUCACAAGUUCAUGGCACUCUUCCUACGGCAACCGACGUUCUGCGCACAUUGCAAGGAGUUCAUCUGGGGCAUCGGCAAGCAGGGCUACCAAUGCCAAAGUCAGUGUCUUCUAAACGUAUUCAAACCACUCUUGGACACAUUGAAAAAAAAAGUAAAAUAGAAGAAGAGUGAAUGAAAGUUGAAGAAAGAUUCAAAAUGUCAGACAAUCAGUUCGACAACUUAAUUUUCUAAAGAAAAUGAUUAUGAUGUCCAUAAAACAUCACCCUAACACCACGAACGUUCAAACUCAAUGAUCAGAUCUCCAUCGCGAUCUUAAUAACAAGAUUACAAUUUUAAUUUUAUCAAAAACUUCAGAGCUCACUUCAAAAAAAGUUUUUUUCCAACGACGGGUCGCUUUCUCGGCCGUCACUUUUUAGGAUCCGGAUUUUUCCAUUUUCAUCUGUUUUUAUUGUCUCUGAAACCUUUGGAAAGUAGAUAAAUGUGAAAGAAAUGUUUCGAGAAUAUAUUGAUGGUUUUUUUUUCAAUAGAAUUUUUGCAGUUUGUACAGUAGUGGUGCAUAAGCGAUGUCAUGAAGAAGUCGUGUGGAAAUGUCCGGGAAACAAGGCCGACGCCGUCGAGGAAAUCAGCAAAGAAGUCGCCGAAGUGUGUCUCUUAAUCUUUCUCGCAGAACAGUUCUCGUCAGCUCGUAUUCACCGAGGCUGAUUUAGAAUGUGCUAAAAAAUUUGGAUUGAGUUACAACAAUCAAAAUCACUUCAAAAAGGAGUUUGACUGCAAUAUUCAAAGAGUUGAUUGGUGAUUAAUCGCUUCAAUUUGGAAAUAUGUGUCGCCGAGCAAAGAAUUAGUUUUUUUUUUCAUAUUUUCCAGUUUUAGAUAUGCAAUGUGUAGCUUAUACCGUCGCUAAACGAUUUUUAGUGAAGUCUUGAUUGACGGCUUGCUUUUCUUACGAUUCUAUUUUUGCAGCUGUCUUUUCAGAUAUAUUGAACGUUUUUUACUUCAGAAGGUUUUCGAUUUCACGCGCAUAAUUCUAUAUUGUUUUUCCAAGCUGUUUUGUCAAAGUUUCUCGGUUCAAGUUCUAAUUCAAGGCUUUUCUAGAAUUUUCUAGACAGACAAGCAUAGUUGAGAAUAUUGAUAAUCUGAUUUUGCCUUUUAGCUAGCUUCACAGAUUCAAAGAACUUCAGACUGGAAUGGGACGAUUCAACAUAAAUAUGCCGCAUCGGUUCUCAGUCCACUCCUACAAGAGACCCACCUUCUGCGAUCAUUGCGGGUCGAUGCUCUACGGACUCAUCAAUCAGGGCCUCCAGUGCUCCGUUUGCAAACUCAAUGUCCAUAAAAGGUUUGUUUUUUUCUUCUUUUUUUGGAGGUAGUCGACUGCAUUGGUUUCGUCUUGUCCUUUUCGAGAAAUUUAGAGCCAGAGAAAUAUCUUUCAUGUUCCUUUUUUUUUUACUUUUUGACCGAGAUUCUAACUUGCUUUUUUUUCUGAAAAAUGCACGGAAUUUUUAGUUAUCAUUUAUGAUGAAAUCUAAAACAAAAACUGCAAUUCUCGGUAACCCGCAGAAAUUUAUAAUUUUUCUGUUACCCAACAACUAGACUUGUCUCUUGGCGACUGAAAGAGUUAUUGGCAUUCUUGGAAAUUUUUCAGUGCUGGGGUAACAUAAAUUAAAAAUACCAGAGCUGAAAAAGCAGUCAGCUCCUUGAGAAAAAACGGAUCGGAUUUAAAAAUAACAUUUUGUAAAAUCUUCAUCUAAUACCUUUGCUUUUUUUUGUGUAUUUAUUUGCGAGAAGUUCCAAAAAGAGAUGGACUUGCAUUUUCUCAUAAAAAGUGUAUGAAGCGAUCAAUUCAAUGCGCAAGUGCUAUCAUGUAGGAAAACUAUCAUUUUUGUGAGAUAAAGGUGAAGUUAAAAAUGAGUACUUCUCUUUAGAAAAAAAAAUGCAAAAAACUGGAGCUUUCCGAAGGAAGUUGGAUUUUCGAGUUACCUUUACUUAACGAGAACCUUUCGCAGAUGUCAACGGAAUGUGGCGAACAACUGCGGGAUCAACGCCAAACAAAUGGCGGCCGAACUUGCUCAACUUGGACUCACAGGCGACAAAAUGAGCGUUCGCAGCAAGAAAAAGGUUAUCUCUGACAAAAAUCCUUGUUUUUUUUCUGCAAAGUUUCUCUUGCGCAAGUUUUGUUUGCGCUGGUUGAGCCCUCAAAAUCGAGCAAAGCGCGAAGAGUUCCUUCAAAAAACCUCGAGCUUGCUGUUUGUUCGAUUUCUUUCCUUGUUGGAAAUCACGUUCAGAGAAGUUGAACUGUGUUGUUUUCAGCCGUCGAUAAUGACCGACGUGAGCACGGAGCUCUCGAAUUGCUCCAUCAGCUCCGAUUCGACGGGUGAGUUGCACCUGAGGCUUCUGGAUUGACCUCUCCUCAGGUUACUUGCAACAAAUCUCCGAGGAAGACGGACUGCCGCAAGUCGCCAACAGAGGUCUCAAGCCCACCGGCACGCUUUCCAUCAACGACUUCACCUUCAUGAAAGUCCUUGGCAAGGGAUCUUUUGGAAAAGUUUGUUUUCCACUAUCACUUCGCAUAAUUCGUUCCGAAAGAGUCUCGUUUCCAUUAUAUUUUUGCUCGAAAGUAUCGUGUAAGUUUUAUUUUUGUCCCUUUCAACUGCUUUAUCCUAACUCUUGAAGAUUCAUCACCUUUUGCCAUUUUUUUUCUCAAUUCUUCGUGCAGGAAUUAAUAACUUAAUAGGUUCACGAUUGAAUUUUAAUAGUGAAGCUGAAGGCGACCUACUAGCUUCUAGAGACAUCCCUGUUCAGACUAUGCUAUCAAAAAGCAUCUAUCGAAGAUCCAGGAUGUACAUGCGGCACUUUUUGGGUUUCAGAAUUGCUUUGAAUCUAUUUCGAGUUUUCUGGAGAUCAUUUCGAGCUUGAUGAAAAAAGGAAUCUUGGCGCUCUUUUCAAAAUGAACUCAUCCUGAAAACAACGGCACAUGGCUGUCUCGUACCACAGGUUGAAUGGAAGUGAUUGCAGGUGAUGUUGGCAGAGAGGAAGGGGAGCGACGAGGUGUUCGCGAUCAAGAUUCUGAAGAAGGACGUGAUCGUGCAGGACGACGACGUCGAGUGCACCAUGUGCGAGAAGAGAAUCCUCAGCCUCGCCGCCAAACAUCCGUUCCUCACCGCCCUCCACAGCAGCUUCCAGACCGCCGUCAGUAUUUCCACCUACAUCUCCAAGAAACUCCCUGCAGAGGGUAGAAAAGUGUUCACGGCGCUUGAAUGAAGUAGUUCAGAGGUGGAGGAAGACGUUAAUGGAUAGGCCGCUCUGACUGCCUUUCCAUUAACGCCCACAAGGUAGAAAUGUAUUUUUCAAGAAGUCAGAAUGGCGCGAUGGUCAUUUCUAUGGCAAAAUGGCCUUUUUGAGCAGUGUAUCAAGUUUUUGUACACAACGGAAAAGGUUAUCGUUCGAAAAUUCCAAAAAAGUAAUUCUUUGCUUCUAAAUAUGACUUCUGAGAUUGUGAAUGUGCCUCACUAAAAAUGCGUUAAAGGGAAAGUUUCCUGCUGAAAUUUCUGUAGCAAUCUGUUACGAACGUUAACAAAACUUGCGAAAUAAAAAUUUAAAUGUGCGAAAAUUGAAAAUAAUUAGUUCAAGGCUUAUCGCUACGCGCUUGACCUAGUGACCAAAGACGACGUGAAAUUAUGGAUCAUUUCUAUGAAAUGGCUAGAUGGCAUGGCAUGGCUGCCAUCUCAAUCCUCAACCUCUGGCUCAAAUAGUUGAAAUAUUUCGGAUAGGAAAGUGAGAAAGUAAAGUGCGGGCUUAUAGAAAUGUAAAAUUUGAAGUUUUUUUUCCGUUUCAAACUGUUACUCGGGAUGGAAUGCGUGUUGUAUUCUACAAAAUCAGUGAUUGUUUAAAUUGGAAGUAGAUUUCAAGUCAAUUUCACUUCCAGGACCGUCUCUUCUUUGUGAUGGAAUACGUGAACGGAGGCGAUUUGAUGUUCCAAAUCCAACGGGCUCGCAAAUUCGACGAAGGACGCGCCAGAUUUUACGCGGCCGAAGUGACGUGCGCCCUGCAGUUUUUGCAUCGAAAUGACGUCAUUUAUCGGUUGCGCCUCUCAGAAACUUUCUCUUACGCCUUCUUUUGAAGGGACUUGAAACUGGACAACAUUCUGCUCGACGCCGAGGGCCACUGUCGUCUGGCCGACUUUGGAAUGUGCAAGGAGGGAAUCAACAAGGACAACCUCACCAGCACUUUCUGUGGUUGGUUCUUAUCUUUCUUCGCGGUUAACGGAAAACUAUUAAAAAGCCUCCUUUGAAGAAGGAAUACAUGAUCAAUGUUUUGCAGGAACACCGGAUUACAUCGCACCGGAGAUCCUGCAAGAACUUGAAUAUGGAGUAUCGGUUGACUGGUGGGCCCUUGGAGUGCUGAUGUACGAGAUGAUGGCCGGCCAGCCGCCCUUCGAAGCCGACAACGAGGACGACCUCUUCGAGGUAUCCCUUCCAAAUGUCUUAGCAUCAUACUAUCUACACCACCUGAGGACAUAAGCCUCGGCGAUCGGAACUUGCAUGGAAAGUCUGAGUCCCCAAAAUCUUCAAUCUUAAAUAUUUUUAUUUGGAUACGCGAACUUUCUCCCGCUCUUUGUAAAAAGGUAAAAGGGAAAGUAUGAGUCUACAUACCCGUUUAUGGUUGCAUGUUUAUGAACAAUUCAUCCCUUGAAAUAUAAAUAAAAAAAUCAUAUCCAGUUGAAAAAUAAAGAAUUUUUACAGGCAAUUCUGAAUGAUGACGUCUUGUACCCUGUUUGGCUCUCAAAAGAAGCUGUAAAUAUUCUGAAAGCUGUAAGUUUUUUCAAAACUGUUGAUAAUAGAUUGAAUGUGAAAAUAGGACUCUUAACGCGGUAUUAGUGCUUCGGCAUUCCCACCCCGGGGGCCGAUUUUUUUUUGUUGCGGCCGAAAAGUGCAACCUAUCUCAGCAAAUUUUCAAAUUUUUUUGCGCGCAAAAGGCUGGGGUGGGAUCCAGUCGAUGUAUGACUUAACGCUGUUUCAAACGAGUCGUUCUGUGGUCUGAAAGAAUUUGGUGAGUCUUUUGGGUCUUUCGGCUCUCAAUCGGGUCUUUUGAGAGAUUCUGAUUACCCCUUUUUAAAACGAUUUUAGACUAGCAAACUAUUAAUUGAUUAUGUUAAAAAUGACGUGUGUUAUGAUGUGAAAAUCUUCUUGAAGGGCCAUAGGACUGUUUCAGUUUAUGACGAAGAAUCCCUCGAAACGGUUAGGUUGCGUGACUUCGCAAGGAGGAGAAGACGCAAUCCGUGCACAUCCAUUUUUCCGAGAAAUCGACUGGGACGCCCUUGAAGCUCGCCAAGUCAAGCCGCCUUUCAAACCCAAAAUCGUAGGUCGUCCUGUACUUUUCUCAAGUGUUCCUGCUCGUUGCAGAAAUCAAAACGCGAUGCCAACAACUUCGACUCUGACUUCACAAAAGAAGAGCCUGUCCUCACCCCUACAGAUCCUUCAGUCGUCCGCAGCAUCAACCAGGACGAGUUCCGUGGCUUCUCCUUCGUCAAUCCUCACUUCACCUACUAG